GUGAUCACGGUACUACUUUUGGUGGUAAUCCACUAGCAUGCCGAGCAGCUCUUUCAGUAGUUUCACGUAUAAACACACCCGAAUUAUUGACAAAUGUUAAUAAUGUCGGAUCCUAUUUAAAAUCAUCAUUUGAAAGGUUAGCGACUAAAUACCCAUCGCUUAUAACAACUAUACGUGGACGAGGACUUAUACUUGGAAUACAAUGUACUAAAAAUCCGAGUGAGAUGGUUAAGUUGGCUAGAGAACGAGGCUUAUUAAUUAUUACUGCUGGAAAUGAUACCAUCAGAAUUAUACCUCCGUUAAUAUUGACAAAAGGAGAGGCAGAGAAGGGUGUAGCAAUUUUGGAAGAAUGUUUGGAAAUUUUUGAGAAGGAACAAAACUGA